UAAGUCUCACUUUUCUCUACAGCUUUCAUCGAGCAUGGGAUAUAGGAGAUAAGUAAGUAGGACUGCAUGAGAGCCUCAGAGAUUUGUGAGAGGAGGCGUAUUCGUUUUCUAUACUUCCUAAACAGUAUAAAGUAGGUACUACCUACUUACUUCCGGUACGUGUGCUCCUUUUUGUUGUUUGUCUCCAAUACCAGUAUUACAAGUAUAGUGAUUCAAAAAGUAUCAUAAACAGUUUGAGUGGAUAUCGAUCACAAUUGAGUUAGUGGUAAAAAUCGUGGCUUUGUAAAUAUUGCAGCUGUAAUAAGGAACUCGAUCAACAGUUCUAUGUUAUUUACGACGUUAGGUACUCAUAAACUAGAUGAUACCUAUUAAGGUGACCGUGACUUUUUUUCUUUUGACUCACAGCCGCUAUUGUUUAUAUCCAUCUCGCUCUCUGGGCCGGUCUAUUGGCCUAUUAUGACCUAUGUACUGUACACAGAUUACAUUCCGUAGGACUAUUAUACACAAUAAUACAGGAAAGCUAUUAAGAAAGGAAAGUAUAGUUGCUUCAUGCAGUAGAUACAUAACGUUCUUAAGCUGCAAACAUGCAUUUUUCUGUGCCUGACACCCAGGAUCUAGUUGAUGAUGCUGGCAGUGCAUAUGUAGGUUACAAUGUUCACAUAAAUGGUCUAUACCAUUGCACUGUUCGAUAUAAGCAGUUUUAUAAUCUUUACGAACAGCUCUUGAAAGAUUCAGACACACCUCUACCAGAGUUUCCUAAGAAAAAACUUUUUCCUUUAACUGUAACUCAACAGGAAGAGAGAAAAUCAUGCCUUGACAAAUUCAUCCAGACGAUUGGUCAAAAUACUAAUGUAAAUAAUACUGAGCUAUUGUAUAGUUUUUUACUGUGUGCUCAGAUAGAGAGUGCAGGAUGUCCUAUUAUAAAUGAAAAUAUAGAUGUAUUUCUUAUGGAUGGAACAAAAAUCAAUUUCGAUGUCUCCGUGACUGAAAAUUCUGCACAACUAUUGAAGAAAUCUUGUAAGCAAAUUGGAUUAGAUGAUAAUUUGUACUUGUAUUUUUCCUUAUUUGUUGUUUACCAAGACAAAGAAAACUUUAUUGUAUUACGAAAGCUACAAGAUUUUGAAUCACCUAUCAUCACGUUAAGCAAUAUGCGAAAAAUUGGAACUAGAAUAGUUAUUGGAAAAUGGUACUGGGACACAGAAUAUGACAAAAAUUUACUUCACGACCCAAUGGCUUUGAAAUUGUUGUAUGCUCAAGCUCUUUCAGAAGUAGAAAGAGGGUGGAUACUCACUACAGAAGAUAUAAAGUGCCGUCUAGAUAGUUUGAAAUCUCGUGGCAGCAAAGAAAAAUAUUUAGAAAUAGUCCAGUCGCUCAAAUACUAUGGACACAUACAAUUUGCACCUUGUGUUUGUGAUUAUCCUCAACCAGGUUCUAAAGUUUUGGUGACCAUAGGAAAAAAUGAACUUAAUGUACGAGCUAUACUUUUGAAUGGCCAUCCAGAAGAAAUUGCAUUUAAAGUGACAAGAAUGCGUUGCUGGCGUAUCAUUACUCUUCAUGAGGGGAAUGAUAAAGCUGGAGAAAAUAACGAUUGCAGUUUGGAGCUUUCGUUUGAAUAUUUAAUGUCGAAAGAUCAAUUACAGUGGAUUACUAUAUCGUCAAAUCAAGCUAUACUGAUGAGUGUGUGUUUACAGUCAAUGAUUGAUGAACUACUUUUAAAAAAUAUUGGCGGCGUUAAAUGUCAAGAGUCAACGGGAAAGACGUGGGCAUAUAUGACGAGAGAUGGAAACACUCGAACUAUUGCAGGAGAUGUCACACCAGAAGUUUUCGAUAAAACUACUAAGGAAAAUGAUCUUAAUAAUCGUACUAAAACAGAGCCAAUAUUCAAAAAAAUUACCGAAAGAUUUUCUGCUGUUAAAAUAAAUAAAACUACUCCAGUCAAAUCACCUGUCCUAAGUCGGGAUAGACAAUCUAAUGCUGACGGAGAUUUGCUAGAAAAUAAUGCUUUCUGUAUGAUAGGUGAUGAUGACUUGUAAAAGACUUUAAUCAAUUGUAUGUCUUGCCAUGUUACGUUUUAUACGUAUAUUUUUAUAAACAUUGCUAAUGAUAUUUAUUUGACAUAAGAACUUUCAAAAGAUAAAUUUUUAGACAAGUACUUAUCUGAAAACAAAAUUCCUAAUUCCAACUUGAAGUAUGCAUGUAAAAGUCUAUGUGUAAGAAUACACACGUAAGUGUAGUAACAUAGAUGAUUUUGUGAAGAAUUUUACAAAACGCAAUUGUAAAAUACUUUUUCAUAAGGAUAAAAGUAUUUUUAAUUUAUGUACACACUAAGGGCUGCACAAUGGAAUUAUUGCAAUGAUGUGUUAAAGUUAACUAAUAUGAAAUAAGCAGUGGCCAAACAUUUGUCUGUUAUAAAAUUAUAUGUACGGGAUAUAAAUAUAUAUUUUUAGAUAAUGCGGUUUGUACAUAACAGUGCCUGGGAAUGACGAUAAAAUUGAGAAUACAGAUAUUUUAUACUUUUUGAUUGCGAGUACUCAAAAAUUGGUAUGUUGUUUUAAGCAGCUGUUAAAUGUUACUAUUGUAAAUGUCACGUUUGAAAUUAAUAUUUAAAAGUGUUAAAGAUAAUGUUGAAGUGUAUUAAUUCUCGGUUAUAUUGCUUCAAUAUUAUACAAUUUUUUUUACUCUGGAUAAUGCAUCCGCAUUUUAAAUAAAAAAAAAAUAAUAAAAAACACAAACAUGCUAGGUACGAAAAUUAAUACAUUUGUCAAAUCGCGGGGCUUGGAUUGUUUCCAACACUAUCGAAAAUUAUACCUUGAAAAAUAAUGUCUCAAGGAAACAAUUUAGACGUACAUAUCAUGGCAGUUUUGUCAGAAAUUGUUUAUCAAAAUGUGAUAAUAUUAUACAACUCACUUGUUUAGAGGGGAAAAAGAGCAAUUGACACUUCGAAGUUUGACGAAUUUAAGAAUCUCUUGUUUGAUUGUAUUGUAGCGCACAAUUAUGUGAUUACAACAAAUGAAAUAAGUGUGUUAUGUAAAGUAUAAAUUUUAUUAUAUGUAAUUUUAAACUGCCGCCUGUACG